AGAUCAGGCCGAUUCUGGCCGUUCCAGAGAAUGCAAAAGAAAUAAAUUAUCAUACUUAGACGAAAUUUUGACAAAAGUAACUAUGGAAACAAAAAUGGAUUAAAAGAAACAAUAAUUAAGAAAUUAACACAUACGGAACUGGAAAUUUCCUCUUUAAAGACACCAAGAAACCACAAUGUCAUCUGUUAAAGUAGCUGUAAGGGUUCGUCCCUUUAACAAUCGUGAAAUUUCUCGUGAUGCAGAAUGCAUCAUUGAGAUGUCAGGUGAUGCAACAACGAUAACCAACCCCAAAGAUGGACCCAAAGAAAGAAAAACAAACACAUUUUCUUACGAUCAUUCCUAUUGGUCACAUACUAGCCCAGAAGAUCCUAAUUUUGCAUCCCAAAAGAAAGUAUAUGAAGAUAUUGGUAUUGAUAUGUUAGAUCAUGCAUUUGAGGGGUACAAUGUAUGUAUCUUUGCUUACGGACAAACAGGAAGUGGUAAGAGUUAUACUAUGAUGGGUAGAAAUGAACCCGGACAGGAAGGCAUCAUUCCUCAACUUUGCGAAGAUUUGUUUCAAAGAAUCGAAAAAGGUCGAGCUGAAGACAUUAACUUCUCUGUAGAGGUGAGCUAUAUGGAGAUAUAUUGUGAACGUGUUCGUGAUUUAUUAAACCCCAGUAAUAAAAACAGUUUACGUGUCAGAGAACAUCCACUACUUGGACCAUAUGUUGAAGAUUUGUCUAAACUAGCUGUACAGAAAUUUGAAGACAUUAAUAAACUUAUAGAUGAAGGAAACAAAGCUAGAACUGUAGCUGCUACCAAUAUGAAUGAAACCAGUAGUAGAUCUCAUGCUGUAUUUACUAUUAUAUUCUCACAGAGACGACAAGAUGAAAAAACUAACCUUAUUGGAGAAAAAGUAAGUAAGAUCAGUCUGGUUGAUCUUGCUGGUAGUGAAAGAGCUGAUUCUACUGGAGCUCAAGGUAAAAGAUUAAAAGAAGGAGCUAACAUCAACAAAUCUCUGACAACACUUGGAAAGGUCAUCUCAGCUCUGUCAGAAAUUGCCAAUAAAAAGAGGAAGAAAGCAGACUUUGUACCCUACAGAGAUUCAGUAUUAACAUGGCUACUCAGAGAAAAUCUUGGUGGUAACUCUAAAACAGCAAUGAUAGCAGCUCUUAGUCCUGCUGAUUUAAAUUAUGAUGAGACUCUCACAACCUUAAGAUAUGCUGAUAGAGCAAAACAAAUUGUAUGUAAAGCCGUGGUUAAUGAAGAUCCUAAUGCCAGACUGAUCAGAGAAUUGAAGGAAGAAGUCAACAGACUUAAAGAUUUACUGGCCAAUGAAGGCAUUGAAAUAAAAGAAGGUCUACCUCAGCCAAUCAGUGGUGGUCGUACUCGGAAAGAUUCAUUGAGUUUUGAAUCGGGAGAAGAGGCUAUAGAAAGAAUACAGCUCUCAGAGAAAUUAAUCGCUGAAUUAAAUGAAUCAUGGGAAGAGAAAUUAAGAAAGACAGAAAACAUACGAAAAGAAAGAGAAGCUGUUUUGGCAGAAAUGGGUGUGGCUUUAAAACAAGAUGGUGGCACAAUUGGUGUAUUUUCUCCUAAAAAGACACCCCAUCUUGUCAAUUUAAAUGAAGACCCACUGAUGUCUGAAUGUUUAUUGUAUUAUAUUAAAGAUGGUACUACAAAGGUUGGAUUAGGAGGUCCGAAUAUCAGUCAAGACAUAACAUUGAGUGGUGCCAAUAUUCUACAGAAUCAUUGUACAUUUGAUAAUAAUGAUGGUGUUGUAACACUAAAUCCUAUGGAAGGUGCUCUGUGUUAUGUAAAUGGUCGUCAAAUAACAGAACCAACAGAAAUUAAAACAGGAGCUAGAGUUAUUCUAGGAAAACAUCAUGUCUUUAGAUUUAAUCAUCCACAACAAGGUGAACCAGUGGAUUGGACAUUCGCUCAACUUGAACUUCUGGAAAAACAGGGAAUUGACCUGCGUAAAGAAAUGAAUCAAAGAUUAUUAAACUUAGAAGAACAAUAUAGAAAGGAGAAAAUUGAGGCUGAUAUACUAUUUGAAGAACAAAGAAAGGAUUAUGAAAUACGUAUCCAGUCUCUACAAGAACAAGUUGAACGUCACUCUAUGAUGUCAAGUUAUGCUACUAUUAAUGAUAUUGAUCUAGAGGAAGAAAUUGAAGGUUGUAUAUUUACAGAAGAGUGUACGUGGACAGAUAGACAGAGAGAUCUAGUUUACUGGGCAUCACGUAAAUGGAAGUAUCAUCAAUUUACUUCUCUCAGGGAUGAUUUGUGGGGUAAUGCUAUAUUCCUUAAAGAAGCCAAUGCUAUCAGUGUGGAACUGAAUAAAAAGGUUCAGUUCCAGUUUGUAUUAUUGACUAGUACUUUAUAUUCUCCACUACCACCAGAUCUUCUGCCAGUGGAGGACCAGGAUGAGGACAGACCAUUCCCUAGAACUGUGGUAGCAGUAGAAGUUCAGGAUACUAAGAAUGGAGCCAUACAUUAUUGGAGUUUAGAGAAAUUGAGAAAACGUUUAGAAAUGAUGAGAGAGAUGUAUCCUAAUGAAGCUGAGAUGUCACCUGCCUCAGCUCCACAGAUUGAAAGUAUUUCUGGUGGUGAUCCUUUCUACGAUAGAUUCCCAUGGUUUAGAUUGGUCGGCAGAUCAUUUGUAUAUUUAAGUAAUUUAUUCUACUCUGUACCAUUGAUACAUCGUGUUAAUAUUGUCAGUGAUAAGGGAGAGGUUAAAGGUUGUUUACGGGUGGCAGUUCAAGCUAUCACAGAUAAUAUGAAUGAGAAGGAAGAGUUGGGUGAUCAUCCAGCUGGAGUUAAACAAUCUAGUAAUGUUAAUAUUACUUUCUCUGAUAAACAGUAUUUUAAUAAGGUAGUGUAUAUUCCAGAUCCCCUUAGACUACCUCACUUAGCUGAUGAAAGAUUUGUUGAAGGUGAAACAGAUUCUAAUGAAACAAAUUCAGAAGAACGUGCUCACCAAGACAGUAAUAAAUUAUCACAUGACUUCUAUCCUGAGAUUAAUGAGAAGACCAUUCCAGAACAUUUACAACUUGGUAGUCAGUUUACAUUCCGAGUUACAGUUCUACAGGCUACUGGUAUUUCUACUGAAUAUGCUGAUAUCUUCUGCCAAUUUAACUUUCUCCACAGACAUGAUGAAGCUUUCUCUACUGAACCAUUACGUAAUACUGGUAAAGGUCCUUCUCUAGGUUUCUACCAUGUACAAAAUUUCACAACCACCGUAACCAAGUCAUUUAUAGACUAUAUACAAAGUCAACCAUUAGUAUUUGAAGUAUUUGGUCAUUACCAACAACAUCCACUACAUGAUCAAGCUAAAGAAUCUAUGCUAAUUAGACCACCGAUUUCUCUAAGUUUACCAUCAGUUUUACCAGUUUCCCAACCUGUUCCCUCACCUAAAUAUGGUAUUAUAUCUACACCAAGUUGUUCCCCAAUCCAUGCUAGAUAUGAUGUUUUGGUCUGGUUUGAAAUCUGUGAAUUGGCUCCUAGUGGAGAAUAUGUACCAGUAGCAGUAGAUCACAGUGAAGAAUUACCAUGUAGAGGCACAUUUAUCUUACACCAGGGUAUCCAGAGGCGUAUUCGUAUUACUAUAGUACAUGAAAAUAACCUUGAUAUACAGUGGACAGAUGUACAAGAACUAGUCACUGGUCGUAUCAGAACAACUCAAGAUUUCCGAGAUUAUGACAGUGAUAAUAGUGUUUUAUCACUCAGUUUAUUCCCAGCUCGCUUCUUACACUAUUCUAAUGAUAAACGAGUAUUUUUCCAGUUUGAAGCAGCGUGGGACAGUUCAUUACACAAUUCACCAUUGUUGAAUAGGGUCACUCAUAAUGGAGAACAGGUUUAUUUGACACUCUCAGCUUAUUUAGGGGUAGAGAAUGGUGACCAACCAGCCUGUAUAACUAAAGAUCUCUGUAUGGUCAUUCAAUCUAGAGAUACCAGAAUUUCAGCUCCUAGAGCAUUGAAGAGUUUCUUUGGUGUCCUGAACAACCAUGAUUCCCAUAAAAUAUCUGGUAUUUAUGAAUUGUUACUGAGAAAAUGUUCAGAAUCAGGCAGUCCAGGUGUACAAAGAAGACAAAGACGUGUAUUGGAUACGUCUGCUACCUAUGUACGUGGAGAAGAAAAUCUGAAUGGUUGGAGACCACGAGGUGAUUCUCUACUUCUUGAUCAUCAAUGGGAGUUGGAGAAACUUACUCGAUUAGAAAUGGUUGAGAAGACACGUCAUAUGAUAUUACUGAGAGAAAAACUUGUUGAACAAAAUAAACUGGAUGAAUUAAAACGACUCAACCAAGAAAUUGAAAAAUUACAAAUUUCUGGUAAAAAACCUGAUACUCAAACAGAUGAAAAAGUUGAUGAAAAUCCUAAAGAUAUUGAUAUCAAGACAGAUGGAGAUAAAGAUAAAGAAUUAAUGGCUAAAUGUGUUAGACUAAUGUUACAGGGACGUAGACCAGCUAGAAUGGCUUAUGAAAGUGAAAAUAAUUAUUAUAAUGUUCAACAAAACCCUGAUCAUCUGAGCGCUAAUGAUCCUAGAAUUACAGAUGUUUUAUCUAAGUCAUGUGAUAGUAUUACAUCAUCAAUAGUCACUGAUACUCAAGACAGAAAACUGUCACUACCAUUAAAUAGUACCCACCACGAUUUUCAAGAUACCUCUAUGUAUGUGGAUAUUGAAGAGAUUCGGCCCAGUCCUGUGGUCUCCAGACGUGGCUGUCUCAAUAUACUGGAAGAAAAGACAAAUGAAUGGACCAAGAAAUGGGUGAUUGUACGAAGACCGUAUGUGUAUAUAUAUAAUAGUGAAAAAGACCCAGUAAUACGAGAUAUUAUUAACUUGGCCACAUCUCAAAUAGAAUACAGUGAAGAUCAACAUGCCAUAUUAAAGACAAUCAAUGCUUUCUCAGUUAUCACAAGGCAUCGUGGCUUCUUACUACAAUCUUUAGAUGAUAAGGACUUCCAUGACUGGCUGUAUGCCAUUAAUCCUCUACUUGCUGGACAAAUCAGGUUAGUUGACUAUCAUGCAAUUCACUGCUUCUGA